AUGAGUGAAGUGUCUUUUCCACGUAAGCGUCUGCACAGGAACUUUACAUCAGAAACCAUUGCCAAACGCAGUCGUGCCUUUGAACAGUUCUUGUGCCAUGUGUCAUCAAUGCCUUCUCUGCGCUGGUCCCCUCAUUUCGUGGGGUUCUUUUAUUUGAAAGAAACCCAGAAAGCUCAACAACUCACUCGCACAGGACUGUAUAAUAUAGCACUUCCACUUUGGACAAAUAUUUGGCGCCUUCAAGACAAGCUUUGUCCACUAGAGCCCAGUACUCACCGGCUGCUUGUGUUGGCAGGACUGGUAGUUUGUCACCAAGAGAUGGACACUUUAGUAGAAGCGCAAAUGUACAGUGAACAAGCAGUAGGACUUUUGAAGGAGGUAAUGGACCCUAACUGCCCUUGGCUAAUGCCUUUUCUAAAUGCUCAUAUUCAGCUGUCAUGGAGAGCUGGAAAAGACAAGAGAGAUUCAGAGGCUGCCUUACAAAAGUUACAAGAGGCUGGGCAUACUACACAAAAUGUUCCCAGUCUGAAAGAAGUUCUCGUUCGAGAGACUGUAAAUCUGAGUGUUUAA